AUGAGUAGUGAUCAAAGAAAACAACGGGCGGAAAAUAUCCCGUAUAAAGAUUUACCAGAAGAGAAAAAGGAAGAACUCCGUAGAAAACGGAGAGAAAUAUAUGCUAAAAAAAAGGCAUCUAGCAGCGAUUCUCUCCAAUUAAAAGAUUCAACUUCAUUUGAUGGUGAUCAACUGACUAUAUCAAUUGAUGAACGUUCAAAUGAUGAUGUCCAACAUAUAAACAUCAUUCAAGACUUUACUGUUCUACAAAAGGUGUCAAACAGACAACGGAUUUUCCAUUUUGAUAUUGACAUCGGUGAACUGAUUUCAUCUCAUGAAGUAUGUGUUCCUCCUGGUGUAAAUCUCUGUGUGGUUGAUUCAGAGGCAACUUCGUCAUUAAACAAUGUGACAGAUCGUUCAAAUUGUCCGAGUCAUUUUAUGGAUUUUCUGACACGUGAGGGGCAUCGCCGCUCUGCUGGACUUAGGCAAUUAUUACAAGUCGUGCCAUCUGAAGCAUAUUCUUUGCCGUAUGUGCCUUGUUGCAGACAUUGUAAAGCAAAGCGAUUCUAUCAUGAAACAAACGGAUUUUGUUGUGCUGAUGGGACAAUUUCUUUGGCCACAAAUGCCGUCCCUGAUCAACUUUAUGAUCUUUCCACAUCUAACACAGAUGAAUCUGCGCAUUUUAAGACCUAUGUUCGGACUUAUAAUAACAAGUUCGCGUUUACAUCUUUUGGAGUUAAAUUCGAUGAAGAUCUUUGCAGACGGAAUAGUGGAAUUUAUACCUUUCGAACUCAGGGACAGAUCUAUCACUAUAUCAAUGAUUUAAUCCCUUUAAAUGGUCGUCCUUCUUAUCUUCAAUUGUAUUUCUAUGAUACGGAGCAUGAAUUAGAAAAUCGCAUUUCUGAUUCAAACAGAAUGAAUCCAUCAAUUAUAGCUCAACUCAUCGAUAUUCUUCACAUCAAUCCAUAUUCUUUGUUCUUUCGAUCUUUUGGUGAUUUGUCAAAUUUGGAAAAUCAAGUAAUCCAUAUAAGAUCAGAUGUUGGUCUAGAUCAACGUGUAUUCAAUGUCCCGACAUCUUCACAAGUUGCAGCAAUAUGGGUUGAAAAUGAAGAUGUAGAUCAGCUAAGAGGACGAGACAUUUAUGUCUUUAGUCAUUCUGGUGGAAGUCAUAUAGUUCAAUAUUAUUUUGGCUGCUAUGAUCCACUUCAGUAUCCGUUGUUAUUUCCUCUUGGCGAUACUGGUUGGCACCAAGGCAUUCAAAGGGUCAAUAGAGGAAGCACAUUAACAACAUUGAACAGAAGAAGGAAGGAUCCAAUUGUUUCGUGUCGUGAAUAUUAUUGCUACAAGUUACAAAUCAGAGAAAAUGUCAGAUCAAUUUUGUUACUGUCCGGUCACCUAUUGCAACAAUUUGUUGUCGAUAUGUAUGUUAAGAUCGAGACGUCAAGAUUAGAUUAUUUCCGUAGCAAACAACAACAUAUUCGAUCUGAGUUAUAUCAAGGUAUUGUUGAUACCAUUACACUUGGGGAAACUGAUGCUUCUAAUGUUGGAAAACGGAUUAUUCUACCUUCGUCAUUUAUUGGGGGUCCAAGAGAUAUGCGAAAAAGAUAUAUGGAAGCAAUGGCUUUAGUUCAGCGUUAUGGUAAACCAGACAUUUUUUUAACAAUGACGUGCAAUCCAAACUGGCAAGAAAUUUCAAAUGAAUUACGCCUGAAUGAGCAGAGUCAAAAUCGGCCUGAUUUGGUUGCUCGGGUCUUUCGUGCAAAAUUAGAAGAAUUAAAGGAUCGAUUAUUCAAGCAGCAGAUAUUUGGAAAAGUCUCGGCAUAUGUUUAUGUUAUUGAGCACCAAAAAAGAGGGCUUCCACAUGCGCAUUUCUUAAUUAUAUUACAGAGGAAUUGGAAACUCUAUGCACCUGAAUCUUUUGAUGAGAUCGUAUCGGCAGAAAUACCUGAUAAAAAUACAAAUUUGCACUUGCAUAAUGCUGUUAUCAAGCAUAUGAUGCAUGGACCAUGUGGAGUGUUGAAUCCAACAAAUGUUUGCAUGAAAAAAAAUGGUUGUUGCAAAAGCCAAUAUCCAAAAAGUUAUGCAUCAAGUACGACUGUUGGAAAUGAUUGCUUCCCAAUAUAUAAGCGUUCUGACAAUGGAAUAACUGUCAAACUGAGAGGCCAUAAUUUGGAUAACCGUUGGGUCGUUCCAUAUAAUCCAUAUUUGCUUGCAACAUUUGACUGUCACAUUAAUGUGGAGAUUUGUUCUACGAUAAAAGUAGUCAAAUAUCUUUAUAAGUACGUUUACAAAGGGCAUGAUCGUGUUGCUUUCAAUUUGGUUUCCGAACAAACCAAUCAACAAAUUGACGAAAUCCAACAAUUCCAAUCGACCCGAUGGAUUGCUCCACCUGAAGCUAUGUGGAGAAUAUACGGCUUCAUUGUUAAUGAAAUGUACCCAUCAAAUUCUUUGCAUUAA